AUGUCGACCCCCAGAGCUACAGAUCAGACUCUCUCAACAGUCGGAACUAGGAACGACUCGUCAUCGGUAGAAACGUGCACAGGUAAUCAGAGAAAUGAGAAAGGUGGGCCGUCUAUGACCUCUAACGAUACACCCGACGGAGGUCUCACCGCGUGGUUCAUGGUCCUGGGAGCGUGGUGUGUCUUGUUUUGCAGCUUUGGGUGGAUUAACAGUAUUGGAGAAUUUCAGGCAUACUACGAGCAUAACCUCCUCCGCCAGUAUUCCAGUAGCAAAAUCUCGUGGAUUCCAUCGCUGCAGAUAUUCUUCAUGUUUGCCAUGGUACUAUCAGAUACUCCUCUCGCAGGGUCGGUGAGCUGCAUCCCCAGCUGGUUUAGUAAGAAGCGCGGUGCAGUAUACGGCAUUGUAUCCUCCGGCUCAAGUAUUGGGGGAGUCAUCUUUCCUAUUAUGAUCAGCAAGCUAAUGAAUAUCAUUGGAUUUCCAUGGACUAUGAGGAUUUGCGCGUUCAUGAUUCUCUUUCUUUUGGUUAUAGCUACCCUUACUGUCAAGUCCCGUCUCCCACCGAACCCGCGAAAAUUAUCGAAGGAAUCCCUGAUACGACCUUUCAAAGAGUCAGGGAUGAUAUUACUGGUAGCCGGUUUCUUCAUUCUCACUUUCGGGAUCUUCGUGCCGAUGAAUUAUCUCGUUACUGCAGCAAUGGCAGGGGGCAUGGGCCGUGACCUAGCUGAGUACUUGGUUGCCAUUCUGAAUGCAGGCAGCCUCUUCGGUCGUCUAGGCGCUGGAAUCUUCGCCGACAAGAUCGGCUCAUACAAUAUCUUCGUGGUUGUCACCUAUAUCGCUGGCAUUAUAGUUCUCGCGCUGUGGAUACCCGCCUCGAGCAACGCCGGAACCAUUGUCUUCGCCGUUCUCUUUGGGUUCGCCACGGGUGCGUACGUUGCGCUUGCCCCUGGACUAGUCGUGAAACUCUCUCCAUUCACGGAGAUUGGAUAUAGGACUGGACUUCUGUUCCUGUUCGCGUCUAUUAGUGGUCUGACAACCAAUCCGAUCGCGGGUGCUAUCUUGCAACACUGGGAUGGAGUAUAUACAGGGAUGAAGAUCUUCUCGGGUGUGCUGUUGAUUGUAGGGUCCACUCUGAUUUUGGGCGUUCGUCUCCAUCAGACGGGUUUGAAGUUGAAAGCCAUUUUCUAA